GUUUGCUUUUACCUCUCUUUGGCAUAAAUGCAAGCAAGGAAAGUUGUUUAUGCUCUCCUGAGUGCAAUGUUACCAUCAGCCCUCCUUUAGACUGCAAAGAGCUGUGCUUGAUAGUUUCUCUGGUGCAGCAUGAAUGUAGAAAUCCAUUCUGAAAGAGAGCAACAAAGACUGAGAAGGAGACAAGAGACCUUGGGGAAACAGCAUACCAGAUCAGUAAAUAUAACCUCAAGGCAAUGGGUUAUUCCAGCUACCUAUUUGAUUACAGCUGUCGGCCUGACCUGUUUGUUCAUGCAGUUUGGGAUUGUUCCAUAUUUGGCAACAAGCCUUGGUUUAGAUGCAGUUGAAUUUGGCUACUUGCAAACACUUUAUGGUGUUCUUCAGCUCCUGGGAGGUCCCAUUUUUGGGAGGUUCUCUGACCAGUAUGGAGCCAGGGCUGCACUGACUUUGUCAUACAUGGCUUCAUCUUUGCUCUUCUUACUUCUUUCUAUGUCCACCAAUGUGCUGCUGCUCUUUCUUUCCAGGAUUCCUUCCUUCUUCAUACAGGCACUACCAGGUGCUCAAAUGGCCAUAACAGAUUUAACAACUCCUGAUGAACAUGCUGAUGCUUUAGGAAAGCUUGGGCUGUGUUUUGGAAUAGGAAUGAUUCUUGGUUCUUCUCUGGGUGGUAGUCUAGCCACACAUUUUGGAAUUUAUUUUCCUUGUUAUGUCGGACUGAUCGGGCAGCUUGUGUGUGUCUUGAUGAUCCUCCUUUUUAUUCCUGCUCAGAAAAAAUCACAGUCCAAAGGAAAUGCUGCAGAACACAGCAUGCCCCACUCCAGCAGUUUGUUUAGCCUCAAAGAAGUCCUAAGACUGCUGAAGCUUCCAGGAGUAAUGGAUGUUUUCAUAAUCAAGGUGCUUUCCGGUCUUCCUAUAGGUUUGUUCAUGAUCAUGCUUUCCAUCAUAUCUAUUAAUUUCUUCAAUCUGGAAGCAUCACAGGCUGGAUACCUGCUGUCCUAUUCUGGAGUCCUUCAAAUGGUUUUUCAGGGUCUAGUAAUUGGAAAAUUAACUAGUCGCUAUACAGACCGGAUCUUGCUUAUGCUGAGUGUCUCUGUUUUAAGUGGUGUGGGUCUUGCUAUGGCCCUGAUGACCAAUGUCUUCCAGUACUGCAUUAUUGCAUUUCCCAUGGCUUUUGCUUUCUGUACCUUAGGCAUCGUUACUGACAUCCUUCUGACCAAGUCUGUCCCUCCUUCUGACACUGGAGCCAUACUGGGAAUAUCGGCAUCUGUUUUUCCACUGAUACGGGCAGUAGGUCCAACAAUAGGAGGAUUUUUAUACGGAAGAUUUGGAGUCUCAUCCUUUGGUUACUUACAACUGAUCAUCAGUGUAGCUCUGCUCCUGUAUAUCUUUAAGAAGAGGAUCCCUCUGAAUGAAGGAAAAGUUAGACAAUAAAUUCCAUGUGUAGUGUUAAUUAGCAGAUGUGUGAUUUUAACCAUAAUAAGACUUUUAUUUCAAUUGCCCUGUUUAACUGGAAAUAAAAAGACCACAUUAAUCCA